CGCCAGUUUGGCGCGUGACGGCCGUGCCACCAGCAAGCGCAGCGGCUGCAGUAGCUCCGUGCUGUGCCGUCAAAACCGGCGGCAGCGCCACAGCCGACCCGGCGCCGCAUGACGCGUUCCCAGCCGUCGCCAACGGGAUCCACGGCCGCACCGGAACCGGAAGCUGACUCCAGCUGCUCGCCGGUGCCUGAAGCUGACAGCAGGUGCUCGCUAGUCCCUGAAUCUGACACUGACAACCCGCCAGAACCUGCAGUGACGUCACUCACAUUGGAGAGCAGGAUGCGGCCGUGGGCGUGCCUGGGUGUGGUGCUGUGGGUGGCGGCGCUGCUGGUCAUCUACCCGCUGGCCGUCAUGCCCGCCAGCGCUUCCCCCACCGCAGACGACGCUGACUCCCGGCCGCACAUCAUCUUCAUCAUGGCCGACGACCUGGGGUUCAAUGACGUGGGCUUCCACGGUUCGAACCAGAUCCCGACGCCGAACAUCGACGCGCUGGCGUACGCCGGGGUCAUCCUGAACCGCUACUACGUCACGGCCAUCUGCACUCCGUCGCGCAGCGCGCUCAUGACCGGCAAGCACCCCAUCCAUACGGGCAUGCAGCACACGGUGCUGUUCGGCGCGGAGCCGCGCGGGCUGCCGCUGUCGGAGCGCCUGCUGCCGCAGUACCUGCAGGGCCUGGGCUACCGCACGCACAUCGUGGGCAAGUGGCACCUGGGCCACUACCGCCGCGUCUACACGCCCACCUACCGCGGCUUCGAGUCGCACCUAGGCUUCUGGACGGGCCACCACGACUACAACGACCACACCGCCGUCGAACAGGAGUACUGGGGACUAGACAUGAGACGUGGCAUGGAGCCAGCAUGGGACUUGCACGGCCAGUACUCGACGGAUGUGUUCACCUCGGAGGCGGUGCGGCUCAUACAGAGCCACAACGCAUCACGGCCCCUCUUUCUGUAUGUGGCCCAUGCUGCCGUCCACUCAGGCAAUGCUUACAACCUACUCCCUGCACCUGACAAAACCAUCAUGAAGUUCGACAACAUAGCUGACUACAACAGAAGGCGAUUUGCAGGAAUCCUCUCAAAACUGGACGAUUCUGUGGGAGAGAUAGUAGAUGCUCUCUCCAAAGCAGAAAUGCUUAACAAUUCAAUCAUCAUAUUCUCAACAGACAAUGGUGGUCCAGCAGCUGGAUUCAAUGGCAAUGCAGCAUCAAACUGGCCAUUAAGAGGUGUAAAGAAUACAUUAUGGGAAGGUGGAGUAAGAGGAGCUGGCCUCAUAUGGAGUCCACUACUCUCCAAGCCUAAACGUGUGUCAACUCACAUGAUGCACAUCACUGAUUGGUUGCCUACUCUGUAUGCAGCUGCAGGAGGAGAUGUUUCGAAUCUGGGAGACAUUGAUGGUAUUAAUGUCUGGGAAUCUCUAUCUGAUGAUACUCCAUCCAACAGGACACAGGUGUUGCAUAACAUAGAUGAUAUUUAUGGAAAUGCUGCAUUGACAGAUGGUGACUGGAAACUCGUGAAAGGCACAACAUAUGAUGGUGCAUGGGAUGGUUGGUAUGGACCAUCAGGAAGAGAAAAUGCUCCAGCAGCCUAUGAUGUUGGUCAGGUGCUUGGCUCCAAAGCAGGCAGAGUGUUAUAUAGAGGAGGCUAUUUGACUACUCGAACAGAAGUGCUAACUGUUAGGACAAGUGCUCUAGUUACAUGCAAUCCUAGUGGUUCUACAUCCAAUGUAACCAUUAACUGCAAACCUUUAGAAGCUCCUUGUCUUUUUAAUAUACAGUCAGAUCCUUGUGAGAAACGAAAUUUGGCUGACAGACACCCUGAAAUUGUGCAGCGCUUAGAGUCAAUUCUAAAAACUAUAAAUGCAACAGCAGUGCCUCCGGGAAACCUUCCAUAUGAUCCUCGAGCAGAUCCUCGAUUUUGGGACCACACUUGGACCAAUUUUGGUGAUUACAGCAUACUUAAUAAUGCUGUCAGCUGAUUAAAAUAAUGUGCACUUUGCAAACAAAAUAACUUUCAACUGCUCUGUUGUCAGUUACUGCUGAAAUGUACCAAUGAGAGACAUUUCUUUCUAUGUUCAACCUAUGAACAAAUUUUGUAUAUAUUUACUUGAUUAAUGUCACUCUAGUUCAUCUGUAAAACGAAGUAUGUGUUUUUUGUCAAUGUGUUGCAUAUUUUGCUACUUUCAUCAAGAAACUUUAUAGCUAUUAUUAUUAUUAUUAUUAUUAUUUAUGUAUCAAGACUCUGAACCAGUAGUGCACCUCAGCUUUAUUUAUAGCGACACAUAUAGUUGAUGUGAAAUAAAAAUUGACAUUAUAAGAUACUGACAAGUGACCUUACAGCAAGAAGAUAGAAUGAAGCUGAUGAAGCAUGAAAAUUAAAUAAAAUAUUUUACUACAGAAUUUAGAAAAUUUGAAAACUUUAUCAUAGUGUUUCCUAACAAUUUUUACUUGAAAAGGGGAGAGGUGAAGAUGUUCCAGUUAUUAAAAUUUUGUAUACAAUGAGAAUUAAGACCUGCUGACUCCAUAAUGGACUUUUCCUUUCAGUAUAUAGUGAAUUAUUUUUGUAAGAUGUGCAACUAUGUUCCUUAAUAUUUAAACUCUAUUUAGAACCAAAAAAUAAAAUCACCUUGUAAUUUCUAAGUGCUGAAAUUAGUAUAAGUGAGCCCACCUAACAGUGGUGUUAGACAGCCAGUGAUAAUGAAUUUGAAGGUUUUAGAACCUGAGUACCCUUCAAUGGGCACCAAAAGAAAUAGGUGAAAAGAAUAGUUGUGAAAGGGUUGGAGAAAUAGCAGGGGUAAACUCACACCCAGAGCCACGCUGGGACAGAGCAUCAUUUAUUGUCAUAGCUGAGAUCCAAAGUUAUUCAGACUUCAUUGUAAUAAUGAAGUCUUAACACUAAUUAUUCAAAUUUAAAAUACCUAAAGAUGCACUGAUUCACUUAAACAGAUCAUAAAAAAUUAGUGUAAAAAUAAACAGAAUAAAAUAUGAGGUGGUGAGUGGCGAGAGUAUGAGGAGGAGGAAAAGAGGGAGAGGGAACCAGAUUGAUAGAGAGGGAGGAGGGAAAAAUUGGGAAAGAGAUAAGGAAGGAGGUAAAAUAGAGCUUAAAGAAUGGCAGAAAACAAGGUAGUGAUACAAAUCACCAGUUAUUCGCACACUAUCUGAACUGAACUGUAGCACAUUCAUUCUUUUCUCACAUUUGUUUUCCUCUCUCUCUUUUGUUGGUUGUGUCACUACAAAUUUGUACUCCCCUUUCAGUCUUACACUGUAUUGUGUUUCUGUGUUUCUGUCCCCCUGCUUUUACAACUAAUUUACUUUCAUGAGUUCUUUGUUAUGUUCAUAUUUCAAAUAAUAUGUUAUUUUAGUAAAUGUAGCUCACAGUAAUUUAUUUCACCCUUACUACUGAAUUGUAUAUUGAGUAUUUUGUAGUUUACUGAAUAGCAUCAUCAUUAAAGGUUACUCCUCAUCACUGUAUGUACAAUAUGAUUUUUGAAAAACAUAUUGAUGGUUCAUGAAGCAGUAUUAAUAUCUCUAAAAAUAAUUAUGUAAGAUUUCUAUAUUGAGAUUCCCAUUAACACAGACUGAUAUUUUCCAAAGAUUAAAAUUUAAUGUUUAAAUAUCUCCAGUAAGAUUUUCAUACAAGGCAGCCAGUAAUGUCAGGUAAUAUUCAUGAUUUUCGUACAUUUUCUUUUCUUUUCUUGUCAGGCUGCUCAUUUUGGCAGCAGUAGACUUUCAUAAGAAGGAAAGUUAAAUGUGUUUUUGGCAAAAAAGUCUUGUUCUGGUAUUCUACUGUUGAAAAAUUUGUGUCUUCAAAAUAUUUUACAGUUAUGCUAACAAUCCAAUGUACUGUAUCUAUAGGAGCAUUACAUCACUAAAACUCAGUUAUUUGAGCCAAGUAAAUUUUCUGUUAUGCAUUUUUUUCCAUCAGUCAAUGUAUUGCUACAUUGAUAAAACUGGUUCCUAUCAGAUCAUCAAAGUUAAGCACUUUCAGAAUUGACUAGCACUUGGAUGACCAUCCCCGUCUGCUGAGUGCUGUUGGCAAGUGGGUUGCACUUAGCCCUUGUGCGGUCAAUUGAGGAGCUGCCUGACUGAGAAGUGGUGGCUCCAGUCAUGAUAACUGACAACAGUUGGGAAAGCAGUGUGCUGAUGACAAGCCCCUCCAUAUCAGCAUGCAGUGACGCCUGUUGACUGAGAAUGACAUGUAGGUCGGUCAGUACCACUGGUCCUUCUGAGGCCUGGUUGGACAGAGUUAUCUUUUCCAUUAAUUAUGCUCUGGUUUUUAAUAAAUAAUUGUUCUACACAAAAUGUACAAAUUGUUGAUUUAUAUUUAGAAUUUAUGUUGUGAGAAGGAACUCUGUAUGCCCAAAUAUGCCUCCUACAUUUUCUGUCCUCUUUGUAAAAAUGUAGGUAGUACAGUGUUUUUUAUGAAUACACAACUAUUUUAAUCAAGCUGCUAAAAAUUAAGCAUCAUCCUUAAUUGAGAUAUAAUCCUUCUAUGGCUCAUGAUCAAUUUAGAAACUGGUACAGGCAUGAAGCUCAUUUAACUAACUGACUGUUGAGACUAAGAGAGUAAAAUACUUGGUUUUUAAAUUAUAGUGUAUGAUAAAUAUAGCGUUGUUGCACAUCUUAAGAAUGGCUUCUGAUAAUAUUGAGCUUAUCCAACAGCUGUCUGUGAGUUUCAAACAGCUGUUAAUUGAUAUUAUGGCCUACCCAUCAACUUGACUUGCCAUUUAUAUUUUGUACUCUGUUGUUCAU